AUGGGUCAAAUCCCAGCAUAUAGCAACCCUUUAGCUCUCAGCCAGAGAUAUUCCAUGGAAAAUGGUACAAAGCAUUACAUUACCAAAUCUCGUGGCCGGCUGCGAGUAGUUAAGAAUCGAACCCAGCAUUCUUGCACCAACUGCAGGAAACGAAAGGUGAAGUGCGAUAGAGUCCAGCCAUGCUCUGCUUGCUGCCGCCGUGGGGACGGCUUUGAAUGUACUUAUGUCGCCAGUGUCGAGAGUCGCAAGUAUAUGAGACAAGCCGAAAUCAUUGCGACAUUGAAACACAAGAUUGAGGCUCUAGAGAAGGGAGAUCCGGAAGAUCAAACAUCCUGUGAGACGCCAACGGCCGACGAACAAAAUCCUGCUUUGAGGACACUUGAUAAAAUCGCCUUUGGAUCUGCCGAUGAAGUUGCAAAGAUCGUCUCCCAGCUUCGUGGGAAGACCGAUUUGUCAAUAUCCCCCACCGACAACCCAAAUGAUGUGGGACAAGAUGCGGGCCGCAAGAGAAGACGCAGCGACGAUGAAUCCUAUGAUGAUGACCAAGGUCCCUGCGAUCAUAUCAAGUCGCUGGGUUCGGAAACGGGAUCGCUAGGGAGCCAAAUGAAUAGCUCUGAUGAUACAGCCUUAUCAGAAUCAGCUGGCACGUUGGAAGUCUUCCAGGACGUCUUCCUGGACACGUUUCUUUCCCAUUUUGCACCGGACGACAACUGGCGCUGCAAUUCUGACCUGAGUCACCAUGAGAUGCGUUGGUUAUAUAGUGUUGCACGCAGUAUGUCGUCUCUGCCACACUCGAGGCGAGCGCUACACUCCAUUGCCACGGCAUCCUUUGGAAAACUGCAUGGUGAUGCAAGAAUAACAGCCACGGGACACUCCAUUACACCUUGUGGCUGGCUGUAUCACCUUUAUGGUGCUGAGGAACUGUUCCAGCUCAAAGGUCCAGACGAUUUCGCAUUGGGAGUCGAGCAUGAGCUUUUUCUCUGUUUUCGCGAACAUGGAAUAAUCGCUUCCAUGAUAAAAAUGCAGCCCACUUUUCUUUCUGAUCAUAAAUGGAAGACGCUGCCAUGGUCACGAGACGUACCGUCCAAGAAUAUAUUCCACCGCCUGCUGGAUCACGUUGCAGAUAUUGCAGGCAUCUUUGCUCUGUAUUCUCGAAUCGAGGUGCAGGCCUUCUGGGAAUACAUAUCAUUAUCUGAAAUUGAUGGAUUACAGCAGCAGCUAGUUUCUCAGGCAACGGAUGUAGUCGAUCGUCUCCGAGAGUGGAAGGCAGAAUGGGCUGAUAAUUACGCCCAAGGUCAGCCUUAUGAAGUGCCCACUCUGCCGCAAGAUCAACGGCAGUCCUGGGAUACACAGGGUUUCCAGCUGCCGCCAUGCCCUCAUCCUAAAGAGCACAACCACGGACGCUCAGAAACAAGUAUAUAUUACCCCGACUUCAUCCUAGCGCAUAGCAUGACCCUGUACUAUGGGUCUAUGGUAUUACUCUCGAGGAUAGGUCAUGAAUCCUCUCUCAUAUCAGACGAAGAGACGGAAGAUAUCUGCCGUCGAAUUUGUCGAAGCGUCGAAUAUCACAUCUUCUUUGCCCCCGGUGGGCGAGGGGCCACUGCAUUGAUGUUUGCUCUGCGGCAAGCAUACCUUUGGUUUCCUGUCGAUAGACCUGAGAGAGAAUGGUUGGAGGAUCUCUUCGUCUGGAUGCGCGAAAUGGUACCGCUGGCGGUAAAUCAACAUGGGCGCCCGCCAUUCUCAGAGAGAGAUAUGGCGCGAUCACUUGCACUUGGGAGGCCAAGUUUAUAG